UCGACUCUUCAACAGUGCCCCAAUAUUUUUGCCAUUCCCCAUGUGGCCACUCCCAACCCAAACCCCAUUAGACCAGCAUCGAAGACCAAAUUCGCCCUUUCUCCCCCUCUCCUUCUUUCCCCAAACUCAAAAUUCCCCAAAUUGAAAUCUAGGGUUUGUUUUGUUCUCCCUCCCUCCUUCCCCUGUCAAAGCCUUGAGUUCCUCUGAUUCCGGCCAUCGCUGUCCCGGGAAUUGUUCCCGCCCCGAUCUCAUGAACUUGCUUCGGCAGCAGCAGCAGCAGCAGCAACAGCAGCAGCAGCAUCUCCAGCUGCGGGAGGACGAGCGGCAGCAGGAGAUUCGCCGACUGUUCGAGUCCUCCGCCGAGGAGCCGGAGCCGCCCGGCCCUGCCCGCGGCUCUCGCGGCGGCCGCGGCGGGGAGGACCUCGCCGGCGUCGAUCGGCGCAGGGCCGGCGCGGCCGCUGCGGCGGCUCCGGCUCGGGAAUCAGAUGGUUCGCGGCGGCCGGCAGAGGUGCGGGAUGGUGCCGGCGGCGCCGCCCCUGUCGCGGUGCCUCCGGUGGUGGGUGGUGGGGGCGCUGUUGUGAGGGCGGGCGUGGAAUUGGCGGCCACGGCUGCGAGUGUUCCGGGGAGGCGGAAGCGCGGGAGGCCGCCGAAAGGUAUUGGGGAGGUGAAGGUGUCAAAGCCGGUGGUGGUGAGGAAUAAAGCCGUGGACGAGGAGGAGGAUGUUUGCUUCAUUUGCUUCGAUGGUGGCGACCUCGUUUUAUGCGAUCGCAGGGGUUGCCCCAAGGCAUACCAUCCUGCUUGUGUCAAACGGGAGGAGGCAUUCUUCAGGUCAAGAGCUAAAUGGAAUUGCGGUUGGCAUAUAUGUAGCACUUGUCAAAGAGCGGCCCACCAUAUGUGUUAUACCUGCACGUUUUCUCUCUGCAAGAAUUGUACAAAAGGUGCUGACUAUGUGUGUGUGAGAGGAAACAAAGGAUUGUGUGGGACAUGCUUGAAGACCAUCAUGCUUAUUGAAAAUAUAAGGCUGGGAAAUGAGGAAAGGGUUCAAGUAGAUUUUGAUGACAAAAGUAGCUGGGAGUAUCUCUUCAAGGUUUACUGGAUAUACCUGAAGGAGAAGUUGUCUUUAGCUACACACGAACUCAUCCAAGCUAAAAAUCCUUGGAAAGAAUCUGACAUGAUGUCUAAUAAGCAAGUGCCUCCUAGAGUAGUUUAUGGUAAUAAUGGUCGAAAAGGCUUUGGAUUGGAUGACUUCAACAGAUAUGGGGCAGCUGAUUGCUCAAACAGAAGAAAGACCAAGAAGCAGGUGAAGGUUGUUGAGGAAGAGGCUCAAAGUGAACAAUUAAACCCAAUUGAUGGAGGGCCAUUAUCAUCCUCUAAUGAAGGCAUUGCAUGGGCAUCUAAGGAGCUCUUGGAGUUUGUUGCACUCAUGAAGGAUGGCAAUACAUCCAUUCUAUCUCCUUUUGAUGUGCAGCAACUAUUGAUGGAAUAUAUUAAAAGGAAUAAUCUUCGUGACCCACGCCAGAAAUGCCAAAUCCUUUGUGAUUCAAUGCUGUUUAGUCUAUUUGGCAAAGCUGUUGUUGGGCAUAUUGAAAUGCUGAAGCUUCUUGAGUCUCACUUUCUUGAAAAGGAUAAACCUCGGAUUGAUGGUUUCUUUCAGGGGUCAGUUAUUGAUGGUGUUAGUGACCAGAUGAACAUUGAUUUGAACAAUCAUAAUGAGCCGAUGGUGGGUACUGAUAAGAGGCGUAAAAGUAGGAAGAAGAUCGAUGAGAGGGUAUCACAGGCUAAUCCAGAUGACUAUGCUGCGAUAGAUGUUCAUAACAUAAGAUUUAUAUAUUUGGAGCGGAACAUGAUGGAUAAGUUGAUCGAUGAUUCUGAAAAGUUUCAUGAAAAGGUUGUGGGAUCGUUUGUCCGCAUAAAGAUUUCUGGUGGGGACCAAAAGCAGGAUCAUCAUAGGCUUGUCCAAGUUGUCGAUUCUAGCAGGGUAGAAGAGAUGAAUAAUACUGGCGGCAAAAGUGCAAGUAUGACGCUUGAAAUACUAAAUUUAGACAAGAAAGAAGCCAUAUCAAUCGAUGAGAUUUCUAGUCAGGAAUUUUCUGAGGAUGAAUGCAGGCGAUUACAGGAGAGUAUGAAGUGUGGGCUGAUAAAACAGUUGACUGUGGGUGAGAUCCAGAGGAAAGCAUUGGCAUUGCAGGAAGUAAGAGUUACUGAUUGGCUGGAGAAGGAGAUAACACGGCUCAAUCAUCUUCGUGAUCGAGCAAGUGAAAAGGGACACGAAAAAGAGCUUAGAGAAUUCAUGGAGAAAUUACAACUCCUGAGUUCAGCUGAAGAACGUCAGCGCAGGCUGAAUGAACCUCCUGAUAUACAUGUGGAUCUGAGCAUGGAUCCUAUAUAUGAAGCUAAAAGUGACUCUUCUUUACCAGAUGGGAAUAAAAUUGCGAUUAGUUCUCACUCCAGCAGAAAGAGGAGGGCAUCAACCUCUCCACAGAGGGGGAGCAGUGACUCAAGAGAAACUCGAAGCAGGUCUCAGAAAAAGAAAUUGACUGAUAUGGAUAGAGAGUCUCCAAGCCAAAUGCCUGAGAUGAAUGGAUCCUCAAGAAUUCAGGCACGUGAAACGUCUAUAAUGAGCAGUUGGAAGACAGAAUCGCUGUCUGGACUUGCAUCAGAAAUUUCACCUUCACCUCUUUCAACAGGAACUGAACAAUCUGUCAACGAUGUUGAGACAUACAAAAUAUGGCUCUACCAUGAUCCAAGUGGGAAAGUUCAAGGACCUUUUAAUUUGCCGCAGCUGCGUAAAUGGAAUGAAAGUGGUCAUUUCCCAACUGAUCUGAGGAUAUGGAGGGUGGAUGAAACUUUAGAAGAUUCUAUUCUCUUGGCUGAUGCUUUGAAUGGACAGUGUACUAAACAGCCCUCGGUGCCACCAAAUGAAAUAAAGGUGAGCUCCAUUGACCAACAUAAUAUACAGGAGGAAUUGAAAAGUGUCGUGACGGAUGUAAGUACUGGUGAAGAGAGCUGCAUUCCCAAGGAAAGCAUCUCCAAUUCUCCUAGUAAAGCUGGUAAGGAAGCCUUUCCAAAUGGUGGACUAGGCUCCAAUUUGUCUAGUCUUAUCAGUGCAAUAGAUACUAUUAGUAGCAGAGAAGAAAACACUAAAAAUGUUUUGCUGGGAGCAGAUUUCCCAAGUAAUGAUGGUAAUGCUUCUCCUGUUCACGUCCAGUCUCCUCAGCAAAAUGAAAGCCAUGAAUCUUCCCAGAAUAAUGGAAACCCAAGCCCACCUCCAGCUAUUGAGGAUCAAGCAAAUGGUGGAUGUAUGAAUGAUAAGCAAGUCGGUGGUGAUGGGCCUUCCAGUCAGUUAUCUGGACAGAAUUGGGUGACUGCACCCCCUGUUGAUCGUUCUACGAAUGAUUGUGAACCAAAUCCUCCUGUUGUGCCUUUGGACAAAUCGCUCGAAAUGCCACCGAAAAAUGGAGAAACUGAUUUAUCUGUGCACACUGAACUGCCAAAGACAGACACUGAAGAAAUGAAAAAUCAAGUCAUGGAGAGCAAACAUUCUUUGUCAUCCAAUAUUCCGGUGCCAGAUUCGGGUCCAAGCUGGAGCACAAAUUCGAGCUUAGUGGGUUGCGCACCACAGGUCAAUGAAGUGUCAAGAGAAUGGAAUGUGUAUUCUUCUACCCCGGCUAAACUAGUUGACGAAUGGGACUCCACGCUUGUGUCUGCGUCAUCCUUGAAACCGGCUGAGAUGGGUAGUGAUCAUGCCACCACUCCGACUUCUGGCCCAAUAGUGCAUCCUUCACCAUCAGGUAACGUGCCCAAUACCACUGCUUGGCAGGUUACAGAACCCAAUGACUUUGGCUCCCUAGUCGAGGAGUCGGUUUCUGACCUGUUGGCUGAAGUUGAAGCUAUGGAGUCUCUUAAUGGCUUGCCUUCGCCUACUUCAAUAUUGAAGUCAGGUCCGCAAUUGGCAGAAGGAGGUAAAGAUGAGUGUUUCAGUCCUGUAGAGGUGUUCAGUCCUGGUCCCACUUCGGGAAAGAGAGAUGCUUUCAGCUCUGCUAGUGAUUCGCACGUACCUUCCCAAUCCACAAUUACUGAAGAACCUCAGGGCCUUCCUAAUGCUGGAAAGAUGUCCGGUGGGCGUCCAUCUGUGAGUGCUGAAGUGGUGGAAGAUCAGAAGCACAGCGAUGUAUCUGUUAACCAGUGGAGAUCAGGGUCUAGCUCCUCCGUCUCUGGUCCCAUGCAUCCUCGCGCAAGCUGGGAAGCAGGCCACACCACUAAUACCUGGAUGGCCCCGUCAGUGACAACGCAGAGCAACUAUGGAGCAUUGCCGGGAAACGCGAACUUGGGUUGGGUGGGAGCAAAUCACGGAAAUGCCGCCUUGGAUUGGGAUCUGAGGCAUGGAGCAGUCGUCAGCAAUGGAAAUGCUAACUCAGGUGCUGCUUCUGGAAAUCAGGGUAUAUUAGGGAACCAGCCUAGAUAUGGUAACAGCGGAAGUAGGUAUGCAAGUCCAAGAGAACGGGCAUAUCAGGGACCAGAUUCAGGAUUUAAUAGGGGUAGAUCUGUUUGGAGCAGGCAGUAUCCCAGUGGCGGAGGAAGUGGCAGUUACCGUCAACCUCCCAAAGGGCAGCGGGUUUGUAAAUUCUACGAAAGCGGGUAUUGCAAGAAGGGAGCAUCUUGUAGUUAUUGGCACCCUUGAUUUGUUUCGAAGCGGUCGUGCAAGACCUUUAUAAUUCUCUCGGAUCGAUUCUUUGUUGUAGGGAAAGUUUUUAUAUUCCUCGUGAGGGAUCUAAUUUAACCUUGUAAAGCAUCAUUGAAGUUGGGGGCGUAUAAGAAUAUAAGAAUUGUACCAUUCUUGCAUCCGCUUGUACAAGGAACCAUAUAAGUGGUAUGUGGUACGUGUAUCUUGCUAGAUUCACAUAAUUACUUUGGAAGGUCACGGUAGUUUCCGUUUCCGAGAGAUGAAA